UGACUGCCGCGUGGAAAGCCGACAACUUAAACCGUCGUGAAGACGAGGCAAAGCUAAUACAGUUUCUUUCCCUCGUAAAACAACACGCUGAAGCAAAAUAAAAAAAGGGAAAAUCAAAAUCAAAGUCCUCAAAUCCCUCAAAUCUCUAAAAUCUCAAGUUUUACAGGCGAUCGGGGAUUUUGAUCUCAAAGAGUUCAUCAUGUUUAAUCGACUGUUCAGGAAACCUAAGCAGGAAACAAAUGCUCUAACCACGUUAGAUAAAUUAAACGAGACCCUUGAAAUGUUAGAGAAAAAAGAAAAAGUACUUGCGAAAAAAGCAGCUGCAGAGGUUGAAAAGGCGAAGGAACUUGCGAAAGCAAGAAACAAGAGAGCGGCUGUACAGUGCUUGAAGAGGAAGAGACUAUAUGAACAGCAAAUAGAACAGCUUGGAAACUUCCAGCUUCGUAUUCAUGAUCAAAUGAUAAUGUUAGAAGGAGCCAAAGCCACAACCGAGACUGUAGAUGCUUUGAGAACUGGAGCAUCUGCAAUGAAGGCAAUGCAGAAAGCAACUAAUAUAGAUGAUGUUGACAAAACAAUGGAUGAGAUCAAUGAACAAACCGAGAACAUGAAACAGAUUCAGGAUGCACUUUCAACUCCUAUUGGAGCUGCAGCUGAUUUUGAUGAGGAUGAAUUGGAAGCAGAACUCGAAGAACUUGAAGGUGCUGAGUUGGAAGAACAGCUUCUCCAGCCAGCAACAACUGCUCCAGCAGCUCCAGUCCAGGUGCCUGCUGGCAGACAACCAGCUCGUCCUGUUCCUCAGAAGCAUACUGCUGAGGAAGAUGAACUUGCUGCAUUGCAGGCUGAGAUGGCACUUUAAGGUAAUCCAUUCUAGUCCAGUUUGUUUCGGGAGAAUCACAGAUGGUGCACAAAGCAUUGCUAGUCGAUGUUGAUCUAGAUAGCUAAGUCACCAAUUAUAGCGGUACUGGACUGAUCCUUUCAAUGCUAAUCGUUUUUCUUUCUUUCUGUACUGUUUUUGUUGCUGUCUGCAGUUCAUGUUGCAUAGAAUGAAAGAGAUACCACACUGUAUUAUUGAAUCUGCCCCUUUAAUUUGUGCGCAUCUAAUCUUUUACGUACACUGUACAUGGAGAUCGCGUGAACCGAACAAAACCCUCUCUUUUUUUUUCGUGUUCUUUCGAUGAACACUUGUUAUAUUACACGAAUCCUUGUAGCUAUCUUGACUUCCUGUGUAAUGUCAAACUACUUAGUGAUAUCAAAGUAUAUGUCAAUAAGAACAUUUGAUGUUUUUUAGUCUCAA